AUGCAUUCUUUCUUCUUGUUGAAAUUUUUAGUUUCACUAUCUUUCCUCUUCAGAUGCAUUUUCUUCUUUCUUGUUGAAAUUUCACUGUCAUCUGCACUGUUCCUUGUUGUAUCUGCUUUAAUGAAGUCUAUCUUUCUCUUCUUGUUGCAUUUUGUCUUUCUUGUUGAAUUUCACUGUCUGUUCCAGUCUGAGAUCUUUCUCUUCAGAUGCAUUCUUCUCUUUUUCUUGUUGAAUGAAGUUUCACUGUCAUCUGCAGCUCCAGUCUUCUCUUUCUUUUCCUCUUCAGAUGCAUUUUAUGCAUUUUUCUUUCUUGUUGAAAUCUGCUUUACAUCUGACUGUUCCAGUCUCUGCAGCUCUUUCCUCUUCUUGUUGUAUCUGCUUUCUCUUUCUUCAUUGAAAUUGAUCUUCUCUUUGACUGUUCCAGUCUUUAAGAUCUUUCCUCUUCAGAUGCAUUCUGUCUUUUCUUUUGUUGAAUUAUUACCUUUAACUGUUUCCAAUGCAUUUUCUCUUUCUUGUUGUAUCUUACCCAUGACUGUUCCAGUCUCUGAGAUCUUUUUCUCUUCAGAUGCAUUUUUCUUUCUUUUUUUUCACUGUCAUCUGCAUCUUGUUCCAGUCUUUCUUGAUCUUUCCUCUUCAGAUGCAUCUUUGAGAGUUUCUUUCCUCUUCAGAUGCUCUUUUCUUCUCUUUCUUGUUGAAAUAUCUGACUUUCCAAUGCAUUUUCUCUUUCUUGUUGAAAUCUUUCCUUUCUUGUUGUUCCAGUUUGUGAAGAUCUUUCAUCUUCAGAUGCAUUUUCUCAUUCUUGUUCUUCUCUUUCUUGAAGUCUAUGCAUUCUCUUCUUUCUUGUUGAAUUUUACCCAUGACUGUUCCAGUCUAUCUUUCCUCUUCAGAUGCAUUUUCUCUUUCUUGUUGAAUCUGCUUACCCAUGACUGUUUCCAGUCUAUGCAUUCUGUCUUUCUUGUUGAAUUCUUACCCAUGACUGUUCCAGUCUGUGAGAUCUUUCCUCUUCAGAUGCAUUUUGUCUUUCUUGUUGAAUUCUUACCCUUGACUGUUUCCAGUCUUCAUGAGAUCUUUCCUCUUCAGAUCAUUUGUCUUUUCCAGUCUGUUCCAGUUGAGAUCUUUCCUCUUCAGAUGCAUUUUCUCUUUCUUGUUGAAAUUUUACCCAUGACUGUUCCAGUCUGUGAGAUCUUUCCUCUUCAGAUGCAUUUUCUCUUUCUUGUUGAUCUGCUUACACAUGACUGUUUGCAGUCUAUGCAUUUCACUCUUUCUUGUGCAAAUCUUGAUCUACUCUUUCUUGUUCCAGUCUGUGAGAUCUUUCCUCUUCAGAUGCAUUUCUCUUUCUUGUUGAUCUCUUAUCUCAUUGACUGUUCCAGUCUGUCUGAUCUUUCCUCUUUCCUCUGUCUCACUUAUGCAUUUGUCUUUCUUGUUGAAAUCUUCUCUUUCUUGUUGUUCCAGUCUGUGAAGAUCUUUCCUCUUCAGAUCUUUCUUCUCUUUCUUGUUGUAUCUGCUUUGACUGUUUCAAUCUUUCUCUUCAGAUGCAUUCUGUCUUUCUUCUCUUCUUACCUUGUUGUUCUCAGUCUAAUGAAGAUCUUUCCUCUUCAGAUGCAGCUCUUUCUUCUCUUUCUUGUUGAAUCUGCUUUACCCUUUUUCACUAUGCAUUUUCUCUUUCUUGUUGUAUCUGCUUUAACUGUUUCAGUCUGUCAUCUUUCCUCUUCAGAUCUUCUCUUCUUUCUUUUAAUUUUCACUGUCAUCUGCAGCUCUUGUUCUCAAUGCAUCUGCUUUAAUCUGUCAUCUGCAUUCUUGAUCUUUCUUCUUGAAUUGUAUCUUUCUUUUAAUGAAGUUUCUGUCUGUCAUCUGCAGCUCUUGAUGCAUUCUCUUUCUUGUUGUAUUAUUUUAAUGACUGUUCCAGUCUUUCUUUCCUCUUCAGAUGCAUCUUCUCUUUCUUGUUGUUAUUAUCUGUUUUGUGUUAUCUUUUGUUGUCUUUCUUGUUUAAUGAAGUUUCACUGUCUGUUGCAGCUCUUGAUCUUCUUUUUCUUCAGUUGUAUUUCUGCUUUGUUGAAGUUUCACUGUCAUCUGUCUCAGUCUCUCUUUGAUCUUUCUCUUCAGAUGCAUUCUGAUCUUCUCUUUUUCUUGUUGAAUUUUCACUGUCAUCUGCAGUUCCAGUCUUCUCUUUCUUGUUUAUCUCUUCAGAUGCAUUUUUCUUUCUUGUCAUCUGCACCUCUUGAUCUGUUCCAGUCUGUUGUAUCUUUCCUCUUCAGAUGCAUUUUGUCUUUCUUGUUGAAUUCUUGA